AUAGUGACAUCUAGUCCAGUGUCAACAUGCCCCGUGAUCCCGAUACUGCCGAAGAGGAGGAGGAGGAGUACCAGGUCGAGAAGGUGGUCGACAAACGGGUGGCCAAGAACGGCAAAAUUGAAUAUCUUCUCAAAUGGAAAGGAUACGGUGAAGAAGACAACACCUGGGAGCCCCGUGAGAAUCUUGAUUGUGAAGAUCUGAUUGAGAAUUUUGAAAAAGUGCGCCGUGAGAAGGCCGGAAAGCGCAAGGACGAGAAACGCAAAUCCACCUCCGGCCCAGCUUCCGAAGCCAAAAAGAAGAAGGGCGAUGAUGACCGCCCACGAGGCUUUGAUCGGGGUCUAGAUCCCGAGCGAAUCAUCGGUGCCACCGACUCUAGUGGCGAGCUCAUGUUCUUGAUUAAGUGGAAGGGUAGCGACGAGGCCGACUUGGUACCUGCCCGAGAUGCUAACGUCAAAUGCCCCCAAACCGUCAUCAAGUUCUACGAGGAACGUCUGACAUGGCACACGUCGAGCCAAGACGACGACAAUGACGACUGAAGACACUUCGGGACAGGAUCCGUACAAAUAAAAAGCCAACCAUCUUCCCGAAUGUUUCAGUUCAUUGUUUUUCUUGCUUGUAUUACUAAGAUAUGGUUCACUCAACUCAGAUGUCCAUGUCGUAUUUUCUGUAUAUAUCCGAUAUCCCGUCGGACAAGUCUCUUGUCUUCAGAACAGCUUUAUUUCUCCAGAAAUAAAUGUCCCAUCAUUGACCAAAAA